UAAAGUUUAAAUUGAAUAAAAAACAGUAAUGGACAAUAUGUAAAAUAACUAAUACAUACUUAAAACAAUUGCAACAAAGUUAAUAAACGUUAAUUACGUAAUUGAAUGUUACUAGAUGUAUCGAAAUAAGUAACAUAAUAUCCGGAAUAUAUUUAGAGAGAAAAGGAGAAUUUGAUAAAUAAUAAAAGUCUGGAUAGCAGAAUAUAGAAACGUUACAAUAGUGAAUUUUAUUAAAGUACGCAAGUAUGGCGUCCAAUCCUAUUAUUUCGUUUGUGUAUAACAUAACCUUCCAAAGCCCUUUAAAUAAAAAAAAUGUUAUUUCAAAUUUUAACAGAAUAGCUUGUUCUUCCAGAAAUAUGACAGGACCGUAAUAUAUUCGUAAGUGAAAAUAGUUCGUAUAUUAUCAUUCAAAAUGAUAAAUCUCAAUUUAAUUAGAGAAUACUUUAGAGUGCAAGUUAAUGAAAUAAUUUGUUGGUGGUGGUUUUACAUCAAUGAAAUUUCAUGGCAAUUGCUGAUAGCUGUUACCGCGUAUUUUUGCGUUUGUAUUUUUCUUUAUUCUAUCUUAAGGAAGGUUAGCCACACAGCGUGGCAACUUCCAGGUCCACCUGCCAGAAUACUAUUAGUUACAGCUCAUCCUGAUGAUGAGGUCAUGUUUUUUGGCCCAUUGGUGUAUUGGGUUACAAGAUCAAAGGCUAGUGAGAUUUACCUCCUCUGUCUUAGUAAUGGUGGAGAUAGAAAGAGGAAAGAAGAACUGUGGGAAUGUACAAAACUCUUAGGAAUUCCAGAAGAUAAUGUAACUAUAGUAAUGAGUACAGAGUUACCUGAUGAUCAAAAUGUACAAUGGCCAACAGAGAUAGUGGCAGAGUGUAUUUUACAACAUGUAGAAAGUUAUAAAAUCAAUGCAGUUGUAACGUUCGAUAGACAUGGCAUAAGCAAACAUAAAAACCACAUUUCUUUAUAUUUUGCCAUAGCUGCAUUAUGCAUAGAAAAAAAAGUACCAUAUUAUUGUAAGCUAUAUGUUUUAGAGUCUGUGAAUAUAAUUAGAAAAUAUGUACAAGUUUUAGAUUUGCCAAUUAGUUUAUUAUCUGCGUCAUACUGGUAUUUAGUAACAUAUGAUCAAAAAAAUAUGAUAAAAGUAAAAAGCUAUGACUGCACACAAGUCUCAGUAUGUUUGGUUUCGAAAAUUGUACAUGAUUUUUUCGCGAUAUACAUUUAUUAAUACCUUUCAAGAAAUGAGUGCUCUUGA